AAGCAGGGGGAGGAGUUUAAAGGCGACCAUUAAAGGCGCGUCAAGCUCUGUUUGAGUGAAUCCUGUUUGUUUGCCAGCUGUGGACUGUUGUUCUGUGUGGAGAUACAUCUGUUAAAACAGCGAGAUGGCUGACCAGUUGACAGAAGAGCAGAUUGCCGAAUUCAAAGAGGCUUUCUCACUGUUUGACAAGGACGGCGAUGGCACCAUAACAACCAAAGAGCUAGGAACGGUCAUGCGCUCGCUCGGACAGAAUCCAACAGAGGCUGAGCUGCAGGACAUGAUCAAUGAAGUGGAUGCUGAUGGAAAUGGGACGAUAGACUUCCCCGAGUUCCUGACCAUGAUGGCGAGGAAGAUGAAGGACACAGACAGCGAGGAGGAGAUCAGAGAAGCGUUCCGUGUCUUUGAUAAGGAUGGGAAUGGUUACAUCAGCGCAGCUGAACUGCGUCACGUCAUGACCAACCUCGGAGAGAAGUUGACCGAUGAAGAGGUUGAUGAGAUGAUCAGAGAAGCAGACAUUGAUGGAGACGGACAGGUUAACUACGAAGAAUUUGUACAGAUGAUGACGGCGAAAUGAAGGCCUUGUACAGAUCCUCUCUCUUCUAUAAAUAAUUUGCCUUUUUUCUGUUUAAUUUAUCUGUAAAACGUUAAGUCCCCUCCCCUUCCUUGUCCCGGCUGUCCAAAGGAGUUGCAUGUAAACUGCAUAGGAUCUUCAGUCCUCAUGUCCCUUUCUUUUGCUGUCAUCGUGUUUUUUGGAGUGGCGAUGCGGUUACACGAUCAGGUGCUUGUUGCCACGAAGAGGGGGCUGUGACGUGCAAAAAAAAAAUCCUUGCGUCAUGUCUGUCUGCCCUCCUCAUGCAUAGCAAGAGUGGAGACCUGCCAGCUGGUUGUCUCUUGGCAGCGACGCUGGCAUGGCAUCAAUGUAGAGGCGUAACUCUGCAUGGACUAUGGACAAAGUAUAUUAUAUAUAUAUAUAUAUAUAUAUAUAUAUGAAAUUUCUCAGCAUUGCACUACUGCAAAAAAAAAAAGAAAAAAAGACACGGGUGUAUCUACAAGAUACUCAUACAUAAACUCUUUUUGUAUCUGCUGUUCUAUACCAAGAACUUGUUUGAAUCUUACAAUGCUUUUUAAUGUCUUAUUCACUUAUUCACACUAGUUUUCUUUUUCUUUCUUUACUUCUUAGUUUCUUUUUUUUUUUUUAAAGCCACUUAAUGGCAUUGUCAUGCCUCAGAUAGUCCAUUCCAAGUUGUAUAUUUGUUUUCCAAUAAAAUUAACUAUUUACCCAUACUGAAAA